AUGGAGAAGGAGGGGGCGAGCCACAGCAGCGAGUCGAGCGCCCUCCUGUUGAGCAAUGGGGUGGCGGCACACCACAAGUCUAUACAAGAGCCCGACGCCACCGAGCUGGGCGUUGACAAGCUCCCAACUCCACACCACCACGAGGAGCGCAAAGUCACCCGGCUCGAGAUGUGGAUAGACGCCCUGGCCAGCAUCGUGGUCACGCUGACGAUCCUGCCGCUGAUGGAGAUCCUGAACGCGCCCAAGGAGGAGCGCAUCCUGACCAUCGCCUUCCUGCUGUUCUCGGUGGUGUUGGGCUUCAGCUUCAUGUCGCUGGUGAUGACCAACACCUACCUGGCCUUCAACUGGUUCGGCGACCACCACGCCACCGACCCGGUGCUCUACGCCCUCGGGCUCCUCUUUCUCGCUUCGCUUUCGCUCUUUGCCUUCGCCGUGCAGAGCCUGCUCGAGGCCUACAUCGACAGCUCGGCCGUCUACUUCUUCGGCGGUACCUUCAUCGCCAUCUACGCCUCGUGCUUCCUCCUCUUCCUCUACUGCCUGCGCGCGACCGACAUUCGCCAGAAGGUGGCGCGCGAGUCGGCCGUCAACUAUGAGAUUGCGUUCUUUGUGUGCACCAUCGCCACGCUGGCCGUAAUGAUGAUCGUGAGCACAUUCGUCAGCUCGGACUACCAGUCCUACGUCAUGUACGGCGUGCUGGCUGCGCUGCUGCUCACCCACCGGGCCACGCGCACCGAGGCCAACUUCACCGCGCUCCUCCCGGGCGGCUUCCCCAAGGAGCGCAUCGACGUCUUCACCGACGGCGUCUACGCCGUGGCCGUCACCCUGUUCCUCAUCGAGAUCAGAUAUCCCGCCGGCGUUGAUGCUCGCGAGGCCAUUGCUCUUGCCUUCCUGAAGGAGGAAUGGCGAGCUGUCGCGGGCCAUUUCGUGUCGUUCGCGGUGCUCGGGGUGCACUGGUGCCUGCAGAACUUCAUCGCGGCCCAUAUCGAGCGAGUCUCGCGCACCAUGUACGACCUGACCAUGAUCCACUGCGCGGCCGCCGCCCUGUUCCCCUUCACCAUGAAGCUCGCCCUGCUCUGCGAGAACCCCGGUUGGGAGGUCGUCGCGCCCCUCGUCGUCUACUUCAACCUGUCGCUCUCGCAGCUGGGCCUCUGGCUUCGAACGCGCGGGACCAUCAGCGACAAGCUCGCCAGCUGGCUCACGGGCGGCCUCAUCAGCAUCACCGUGGUGCUCUACGUGAGCUACGAGCUCUUUACAGCCCUCCAUUAA